AUGUCGUUUCAGGCAGUUCAGCUACGGCGGGAACGGAAUAUGGGUUCCCAUUGCCUCCUUUCACUCGACAUCGCGGAAAGAGGCACUUCCAUUUGUUUCUCUUGUUGCGUUAUUCAAGAGCUUGCGCGCACAGCUGCGCGAAUAGCGUUCACGUUCAUACCCGUCAUCCUUGUGAAGAACCACAGGACCCGCAAAAUAUUGAAGCAUGUCGAGGAUGCAAAGAAGAAGGAUCCAAACGCUGUAUUUCCCGCUAGGUUUGAUAAACUGGUUGAGAAUAAAGGAGACGUUCUAAGGAGGAUACGCAAGAGGACCAUUCUCUUUCAUGGCCUGCUGUUCACUCCUAUUUUCCUUUUCUGGGCAGCCAUUGUCGCAAGCCUAGAGAGAACACCUCUUACCGGACGAUGGCGCUUAAUAUUGUUGUCACCAGAGGAAGAACAGGACAUUAGCUCACAACUCGCUGGCUCAGGAUGGUACCAAGCAGUGGGUGAAAUUAUCGCAAAAGAUGGUCCCCCGAAAAUCAUCCCUCCUAGUGACUGGCGAUAUGCAUGGGUCCGAGAUACUCUCCGUGCUUUGGAGACGGCGAUUCCUACGUUAGGGAUUGAGCAAGCUUUGGAGCCCGCGUGGCUUGAGCGGGGGCCAGAUGACGUCCCAUUACCUCCGCCCGCAAAGUUCCCUCUCCGGCCACGACCCCGCGCGUCUGAAUAUAUACACUGGGUGUGUCAAGUCACAAACUCCCGGCCUGUGUCGUCAAUCCCACAUAUCAUCCCAGGUCCCCCAUAUUCUCUCAUCGUUGUCGAUAACCCAGAUUCAUGCAAUGCAUUCUCAUACGGCUUUGGUCCAGAUGGGGCAGGUGGGAUUGUGGUAUUUUCGGGCUUCCUGGACCAAAUCAUGCGAAAUCAUCCACCAUUGAAGCCGACAAUAGCUUCCAACGUCCCUCGCUCAGAGGAGACGUCCUGGUGGUCUCACCUGUUUGGGAAUCUCUUUGUCGUGACGCCACCCAUAAACCAGUAUCAACCCACAUCCGAGCAGACCUCGGACCUCGCAAUCCUCCUCGCGCAUGAGCUUGCGCACCUCGUCUUAUCCCACCAUCUGGAGACGCUUUCUUCCAGGACAGUCGUUGUACCAGGCAUUCUAUCCAUCUUCUCGGACGUCGUCCGCACGCUCAUUUUCCCCAUAACCAUGUUUCUCGGGCCGUUCGUCAAUGACGCUGUCGGGCAGCUUGGAACGGUUGGCUCUGGCGAACUCACCAAGCUAGGAGAGUACUGCACCAGCCAAAAGCAAGAAAUUGAGGCCGACGUCGUCUCUGCAAGGUUGCUUGCCCACGCAGGCUUCGAUCCUCGGAGAGCCGUGCAAUUCUGGCAAAAUCGCUCCGAAACACCAGCGACCGCUGAGUGUUCCCCCACUCUGGCCAAGGAGAAAGAGAAAACUGACAAGAAGCACAGCAUGUUCCCGUUGGGGAUCAUGGGCUCUGGACAUCCAAUGAACGAGGUGCGCGUAGCGAAGCUUAGGGGAGAGAUCGAGCGAUGGCAGGAGGAGAGAAUCAGAGUGCGUGCUGAGCGGCAACUCGGAACAGUUGGACCUUAG